AUGCAAGUGAAACACUACAAGACGUUGCUGGCCUCACAGCCGGCGUUUGCGCGGGUGCAGGCCAUCUGCUGGUCGCCAAACAGCAAACGGUUGGCGGUUGCCGACAACCAUCGUUCUGUCAACCUCUACGACGAGUUCGGCGAGCGUCGCGACAAGUUUCCCACGAAGGCGGCGGACAACUCGAACGGAAAGUUGUUUGUGAUACGCGGCAUGGUGUUUUCCCCGGACAGCAGCAGGAUUGCGGUGGCGCAGUCCGACGGCAUGGUGGCCAUCUACCGCAUUGGGCACGAGUGGGGAGAUAAGAAGGCCAUCUGCAGCAAAUUUCCGCAGAGCAGUGCGGUCACUUGUGUGUGUUGGCCGAAGACCACGCAGGGGGUGGACCUCGUCGUCUUUGGGACGCUGGACGGGAAGGUGAAGGUUGGUAUUCUGAAGUCCAAUAAGGCUCAGUCCCUCUACUCCCACGAACACGCCGUGGUGUCCGUGGCGAGCCACUCCGACGGGAACAAAGUCGUCUGUGGGCACUUGGACGGCUCUGUGUAUCAGUACACUUUUGACUCGGAGGAGACGAACGAGGCGGCGGGCUCGAAGAAGAUUUUCCACCACUCCUGCGCCCCGUAUGUCCUGCUCUGGGGGGAACACAUUUGCGCGGCGGGGCAAAAUGGACGGGUCACCUUCUACGACCGCAACGGCCAGAAGGCGCAGAACAUCGACUACAAGGUGGAGGUGGAGGGGGAGUUCACCGUGGGAUGCUUUAACCCCAGUGGGCAGACGAUUGCGCUGGCGUGCCGCGAGAAGUUCCGCCUUUUCGACUACAAUCUGCGCUCGCGUAAAUGGGAGGAGGGGACGGUUAUAACGCUUCCCAAUUCUUGCUCCUUUUCCGCCAUGGCGUGGAAGCAGGACGGGAGUCGCAUUGUGACGGGGACUUUGACAGGCGCGGUAGACAUGUUUGACGCCUGCUUGAAACGAUACCGCCUUCGUGGUGCGUUUGAGUUUACAUACGUCAGUCCAAAUCAAGUCAUUGUGAAACGACUGGCGACGGGAACCCGCAUUGUGCUUCGCUCGAACAUGGGCUACGAGGUGCAGCGGGUCAACGUUUACCACGACCGCUACUUGGUGGCCUACACCUCCACGACGCUGCUUGUCGGUGACCUCAUCUCCUGCAAGCUGUCGGAGGUGGAGUGGCACCUGUCGGGGCGCGAAAAGUUCGUGUUCGACAAUCCACAGGUUUGCAUGGUGUUUUCGGCUGGGGAGCUUUGCCUGAUUGAGUACGGCAAGCACGAGCUUCUCGGCACCUGUCGCACGGAGGAGCGCAACGCCCACCGCAUCUCCGUCCGCGUGUAUGAGCCCGGCGAGAAUAGCGGGGGAGACGAGCAGCAGACACGCAAGUUCAUUGCCUACCUAAUUGAUCGCCAAACCAUUCAAAUUGACGACCUCGGCAGCGGCAUCAGCGUCGCCCGUGUCGCCCACCAAAGCCGGAUUGACUGGCUUGAGCUCAAUUACCGCGCCAAUAAGCUGCUCUUUCGUGACAAGCAGCACCAGCUGUUUCUCUACGAUGUGGAGGAGCAAACCCGCACCACGUUGCUGAACUACUGCACCUACGUUCAAUGGGUUCCCGGCAGCGACGUUGUUCUGGCCCAGAACCGUGUCGAGCUGUGUGUGUGGUACAGCAUUGACGCCCCGGAUCGCGUCGCGGUUGUCCCCAUCAAGGGCGAGGUGGAGGGCAUUGAGCGCGGCAACGGCAAGACGGAGGUGAUUGUCGACGAGGGCAUCAACACCGUCGCCUACGGCCUCGACGAGGCGCUUAUUGAGUUCGGCACCACCAUGAAGGAUCACGACUACAGCCGGGCAUGCGACCUGCUAGACCAGAUUGCACUGACGCCCGAGACGGAGGCAAUGUGGGCCAAUUUGGCAACGGUGUCACUGCAGGAGAUGAAGCUGCACAUCGCCCAACGCUGCUACGCGGCCCUGGGCGACGUCGCGAAGGUAAACGCGCUGAACCACAUCAAUGAACUUGCGGAGGCGGCGGCAAAGGCCAGUGAGGGUCUCACAGAUGGUUAUGAACACUACACAGUGCGGGCCGAACUUUUUAUGCUGAACAAGGACUACAGGCGGGCCGAGCAGGUUUUCCUUGAAAACGGUAAAACAGAGGAGGUGAUGGCCAUGUGGGAGGAGAUGAAUCGCUUUGACGAGAGCAUCAACAUCGCCGAGGCACGUGGCUGGCCCGAGCUGGCGAGCAAGCGGGCGCAGUACUACAACUGGUUGAUGGAGACUGGCCAGUUUGGGAAGGCCGGGGAGCAAAAGGAGCGGGAGGGCAAAUUCAUUGAAGCCAUCAACUUGUACUUGCGAGGUGGCACACCCUCACGGGCGGCAAACGUCGUCUCGGCCAACGAGUUGAGACCCGAGCCACAACUGCUGGAGGCCAUCGCGGCGGCACUCUUCAAGGCGCAGGUGUUUGAGAAGGCUGGCGACUUCUUCGAUAAACUCAAGAUGGGGGAUCGCGCCAUUGAGGCGUACAAAAAGGGCCACGUCUACAGCCGUGCCGUGGAGUUUGCCAAGCGAACCCACCCGGAUCAGGUUGCGGCGCUGGAAGAGGCAUGGGGCGACUACCUUGUUGGCCAGAAACACGUGGAUCAGGCGAUUAAUCACUACAUUGAGGCAAACAAGUACAGCAAGGCUGUGAAGGCGGCGAUUGACUCGCGGCAGUGGAGCAAGGCAACACACAUUCUCGAAAGCCAGGCCGUGGGCGCCGACAACGACAAGAAUGUGAGGGGCUUUUACAAAAACAUUGCCCACCACUACGAGGAGCUGCACCAGUACGGGGACGCGGAGAAGUUCUACAUUAAGGCGGGUUCCGUCAAUGAAGCGGUGGAGAUGUACAGUCGUGCGGGCAUGUCAGAUCACAUGUAUCGCGUGGCCCAGCGCCACCUCUCGCAGCAGCAGCUUGUGGCUCUUUUUGUGGAUCAGGCGAAGCAGCUUGAGACGAAGGGCGACUACGCCGGGGCAGAGCGCAUCUACCUAAAGGUGAAUGAACCAGACCAGGCAAUUGUCAUGUACAAAAAGACGCGUGACUACACAAAUAUGAUUCGCCUUGUUCAGGCGUAUCGCCCGGACUACUUACUCAAAACGCACCUUUCCCUGGCGGCCCAGUUUGAGAAGGAGAACAAUUUCAAAAUGGCAGAGACGCACUACGUGGCUGGAAAAGACUGGGGACGGGCGGUUAAUAUGUACCGUGACCGUGAGUUAUGGGAGGAUGCCGUGCGGGUUGCCAAGGUGCACGGUGGGGCGAAUGCGGCAAAGCAGGUGGUGCUCUCACGCGCCAUGGUGGUGGAGGCUGAGGACGGCGUGCGGCUACUCAUGAAGUUUUCCCUCGUGGACGCCGGCAUUGAUGCCGCGUUAGAGGCGCAAAAGUUUGAAUUGGCACUGCAGUGGGCCCAGCUUGCCCAACCCGCCAAACUCCCCUACGUUUACCUAAAGUACGCCAUGCACUACGAGGAUCAAGGCGACUUCCGCAUGGCGGAGGAUGCCUUUUUAAAGUCCGGUAAACCACGCGAGGCGAUCGAUAUGUAUUUGCACCAACACGAGUUUGAAAACGCCAUGCGUGUUGCAGAAGGGUACGAUCAGACAGCUAUUUCUUCUAUUCUUCAGGCAAACGGGCGAGACCUAUUCCAAAAGGGCAACUAUCGUGAGGCGGAGUCCUUAUUUAUCCGUGCCGGCGCCCCAGAGCCGCUGUUGAAAAUGUACAUGGAUAGCCGUCUCUACACAGAGGCCCAACGGGUGGCAAAGGAGCAUUAUCCGGAGAUGCUUGGCGAGAUUGCCAAGCGUAUUGCACUCCAGUCAAAUGACCCUAAGAAGGCAGGUGCGGUGCUGGAGGAGCACGGUGAGUAUCAGCUGGCUAUUGAGAAUUACCUUGGCGCCACACCGGAGCAAGUAUCGGACUCUAACGUCUUGGCAAAUCUCUGGGUGCGGGCGGUGAAGGUGGCUCAGAGGCACGACCGCAAUAUGUUGAAAGGCGUCCUGCGCGUCGCCACGGAAAAGCUAAAGGAGGCCCAACGGUACGUUGAGGCGGGUAAAUGCCUAGAGGAUUGCGAGGACUACAAGGGCGCCAUCAACAUGUAUGUACAGGGGAAGAAGUUUGACCUUGCGGAAUACCUGGCCAAGCGCAUUAGCCCCGAGCUGGAGGACUACGUGAAGCGGGCUAUUGUGCAGGACAGCAUUGAAAACGGUGGAAUCAAGGACGCCAAGGUGGUGGAGGAGAUUGACCCCGAGUUUGCGCUUAAGACGUACAUUUCUAACAACGACUGGGAGAAUGCCAUUCGUAUAGCAAAGCAGAUGACCUCGGAGAAGCUGAAGUACGUAGCAGGGCUACAGAUGAAGUACCACCUUGGCAAGGGCGAGUUGCCACAGGCGCUAGAAGUGGUGGAGGAGUUGCCCCUUGACACAGGCGACUUUCGCUUCUAUGACACCUGGUUGGACAUGGCCGAGCGACUUGUUCCCAUGAUGCCGGUGACGGCCGAAAGCAACUUGAAGUUAGAUCGCUUUCACACGAGUCUCAUCAAUGUCUCCGAGAGCAUGGCCACAUCUGGGCAAAAGCCAGAGGAUAUCGAAAGAGCCAACGCACUUGCGCAUAUCAUUCACAUUUAUUACACGGCCCCGCGCAUGAUGGAGCUCUCCUUGGGCGAAUACGCGCUGAAGCUGCUGCUCGGCCUCCCACGAUGGAUUCCGUACAUUGCACCGGAGAAGGCCUUCUUCGACGCCGGCAUAGCCGCAAAGGUUGCUGGCUCAGAGGCCAUUGCGUUCCUUUACCUAAACCACUUUCUCGACAUCACGGAAAAGAUCGGGGAAGGUGUCACCGACAGCUCGGUCCUGGAUAGCAGCAGCUUUGACUGCACGGACUUUCCCAAAAAAUACGCCCUACCAAAGUCGUCGAGCGUGGAUACGGCCGCGGAGGAGGAAGUCAACAAGUGGGUGUUGACCAUUUCCAUUGAAAGCAGCUUUGACCCGCACCUGCCCACGACGAUGGACCCGCAAAAUCAUGUGGAGAUGUUUGAGGGGGCACUGCGGUCGCCGGCCGGAGAGGUCUUUCCCGAGUGCGCCGUCACCGGCUACCCGGUUAUUUCUGGGGGUCUCACACGCUGCCGCCACUGCCAACGCCCGGCAAACCCGGAGGACUGGAAUCGGUACAUUGUUCUCGGCAAGCGCUGCCCAUGGUGCGGCGUGGAGGAGGCGCCGAGCUUUCCAAUGUAG